UACGUUACAAUAACUGAUCGAAAAUAUUGAAGUAAAAUAUUAAAAUAAAUGUCGUGGUGGCCAUGCAAACGAAUGACGAACAAAUGGACAUAAAUAAUUAUUAUUACCAGUAAAUAUUAACUCGUCGCCUGCGCAUCUCUAAUGACGCUAAUAACCACAGUCAGUGGCUUGUGCUCUGUUUGGAUUUCAUUACUUUAUGUCACAAUCUCCGUAAUCUUAUAUCAUAAACUGUCACACAAUAUAAAAGGAAAUACAGUGACAAUGAUGAGCUAGUUGCAAAAGUAAUCCAUACGCAGGAAACGUUAAUAAAACCAUUUGCUUAAAACUCAUGAAUCUGAAAUCUUCGGAGGAUUUUUAGAGCCAAGCCUCCAGUUAAGAGAGAACUGAACUAUCAAAAUAUCAUCCUGUAGGUCUGAUAACGUCAACGCAGACACUAACUAAAAUUUGUUUUCCGUAGCAAGCUGAUAAUUUCCGAUAUAGAAUCUCGCGAUACAAUUAUACAACGUUUAGCGCGUUGUUGUGCGGACGGGCACGAGAGAGUCAGUCGUGACCGAGACAUUAUCGCGCGCGAUGCUUCAGGAGGCUGCCCACUGAGGGAUGGUGGCGCAGACGGUCCGCUGCCAGUGAGUCGAGCGCACGACGCCGCACCAGCCAUGCACGCCGACCCCGAGUCCCCCACCUGUCGCGAGGAGUCGCAGCUGCUCCCCGACGACUGGCUCAAAGUGAAGCCCGUGCCAGCCAAUGGCAACCUCUCGCCUGGCGUCUACUACCCCACAACAGGCAGCAAGAGGUUCGUCGACGCCCGUCACCCCGUGCCGUCUCCGACAGAUACUAUCCCGAGCCGAUCUCACAGACAUGGUGCGACAAGAAGAACAAGACGACGAGCUAUUCUCAAAAACGGAGAAUGCAACAUUCUCAAGUCCAAGAUCUCGCAGCGGCGGCUGAGGUUCCUUCAGGAUAUGUUCACGACGCUCGUGGACGCUCAAUGGCGAUGGACGCUGCUAGUAUUCACACUCUCAUUCAUCUUAUCCUGGCUCGGAUUUGCAUUGAUCUGGUGGCUAAUAGCUUUCACACACGGAGACUUAGAACUGGACCAUCUCCCGCCCAUGCAGGAAGGAUCUAAUUGGAAGCCGUGUGUGUUUAACAUUUACGACUUCACUUCAUGCUUCUUGUUCAGUAUUGAAACACAACACACGAUCGGUUACGGUUCACGUACGACGACAGAAGAAUGUCCUGAGGCGAUAUUCAUUAUGUGUCUUCAAAGUAUUGUGGGUGUGAUGAUUCAAGCUUUCAUGGUCGGUAUAGUGUUCGCUAAAAUGACGCGGCCCAAGCACAGAACGCAAACACUGUUGUUCUCCAAGUAUGCCGUAGUGUGCCAGCGAGACGGUGAGCUGAGCUUAAUGUUUAGAGUGGGCGACUUGAGGAAGUCACACAUUAUAGGAGCCAGUGUGCGAGCCCAGCUGAUACGAUCAAGAACGACAAAGGAAGGUGAAGUACUGUCUCAUUACCAAACGGAGCUUGAGUUAAACGCGGAUGGAUGUGACAGUAAUCUUUUCUUCAUUUGGCCGAUAACGAUGGUCCAUAAAAUCAAUGCAGACAGUCCUUUCUACGGAGUAUCCGCCGCUGAUGUAUUACAAGAGAGGUUCGAGAUUGUGGUUAUUUUGGAGGGGACAAUAGAAUCUACUGGUCAGACAACCCAGGCGCGCUCCAGUUACACGACUAGUGAAAUAAUGUGGGGACACAGGUUUGUCCCGCUUGUGACGUACAACCGUGAGCGUCAAGGGUACGAGGUGGACUACUCCAAGUUCGAGGAGACGAUGCAGGUGGACACUCCACUGUGCUCGGCGAAGGAGCUGGACGAGUUCUACGGCAGCCAGGGUGAUCGUAGAUCGAUCGGUUACAUGGCAACCAGCUCACCUUUACCAGGUGAAGUGAAUCUACGAGAAUCCAUCAAUUCGGCAAUCCUACCGCCUUUCGCUGCAAAUUCCCCUCUAGUGAAUAUGGCGGAUCGACUCGUGAUGGACGCCUUACGACGAACCAGCUUGACAAGACGACCAUCGUCUAUCAAGUAUCCUCCGAACUACUUCAGCAGCCCCACUGAAGAAUCUUCUUCAUCCAGUGAAGAAGAAACAAAAAAGAAACGCGGCAAGAAAAAGAAAGAUAAAGUUUGAAUUGUUCUAAAAAUAAUUGUGUGUGAAUUCGCAUCUACUUAAGCCAAAAUCGACCUAGUAUUCCAUGAUCGAUCAAUCUCUGCUUAUCUGCAAUGAGACGAGAAUGUUCGAUAUUUUAUUAUGCUGUAAUGCAAAUGUGUUUCAGUAUUAUAGCCCCGAUAACGGCGUCAGUGCCUAUACCUAUAUAGGAAACUAAAUGUACUAAUUAUAGAGCGUCUAUAAGUAGAAAUAAUAAUAUAAGUCCCUAUUACAGCGACCUCUGGGAAAAAUCUAGAAAUAUUUCCUCCUUAGUUCCUAGGCCUAAUUUUGUAAAAAUUUUGCGUAUUUUCUAAUAAUCUAUUUUUAUGCUUUUGUUAUUAUUAAUAGAUUUGUUAUCAAUAAUGGUCUACAAAAAUAGUCAUAUCGGCGAGUACCAAAGAAUGUGUGUACAGCGCCAUCUCUAAUCGAGUAGCUGCACUAGGUUUUAUACUUUUGCCAAUACUGUCACGCUUACCACGCAUGAUUGCAAUCUACGGAACUAUGGAGAUGCGAAUGCGAGUAAUAAUAAUUACAUCAAAACCUGUGCCAAUUAAUAAUAACAUGUGUAGAGGGGGAAAUAAAACUCGUGUAUUGUAUUUAAACUAUAUAGCAACUAUAUUUGUUUAUUCCGAUAUUCUAUCAGGAUAAGACAAAGCAUUCGGCUAAUUUAAAAAACGGCAGCGCCCGCGCCGCACAAGGCCCCUGAAUUCCAUAACAUCUCAACGUAUACAAUAAUACUAUGAUUUGUUUAUAUCACUUUAAUAAUAGAGUUGUUAUUGUUUUAUAAUAAUUAAAUAUUAUAAUCAGUACAUAUUGCAAGCAUUAGCUAUAAACUAACACUUAGAUUUAAAUUAGCUAGUCUAGUUACACAAAGAAAAUGUGUCGAUAACAAUGUGGGCCGUGCAUGGCAGUGCACAGCCAAGUUCUAAGUACUUUUGUCCGAAUAAUUUAAGUAUUAAGUAUCCAAAUAUAUCACAUAUUUGUUGUACAUAUAACAGUACUUUGUACGAUAUUUUUAUUGUAUAAAAGCGUUAGGUAGUAAGCUACUUGUACAUUCACAACUCGUUACGUAGGUAGCAAGAUACAAUUUAAAUACUUAAGUAUAUUAUUUUGCACUAUUAACAUAGUUUUUGGAUUUAAUCCGAAAGCACAAGCUUAAGUUCAUUUAAUAACAUUCUCUUUGGAAUUUUGUCGUACAAUGAUAAUUAGGUAUAAUUAACAUCAUUUUAAUUUAAGCAGGGGCCGUCUCUGCGUCAAUUUAGAAUUAAAUUCGUCAUUGGAAAUAUAAAUAUUUCUUAAAAAUAGAACUUAUUCUAUCUCUAGUCUGACUGUCGAUAGAAAAGUGAAACUCCUACAUUUUCGUAUUCUUACACAAACUGUGGAGACAUGACUAACUAAGAUUUUAAAGCUUCAUGUCAUUUAAUUUCUAUAAGUUUUGGUCUCCACUCUACGUUCACUAAAUUAUCUAAAUAAAUACUUGGUCUAAAUACAACCCUAUCUGGUACAUCGAUGUUUUGAUGAAGUAGACGGUUGAGUAGAAAAUUCUUGUCUGUUACAAAAUAUAUCUGUUCCUAUAAUUUAACAGGACAUGGCACAAACGGUAAUACUAAGUACAUGUUUACAAUCUUAUAACAAUAAGCACCUCAAAGUUACAAAACGAUUAAAACUUUAACAAUA